AUGUCAGCAGUUCAUGAACAGCAACGACGAUUUUCUGGGGAACGUUCACUGGUCGAUGCUGCGGCGAACAUCCAUGUCGCUCUGACUUAUGAGCCUUUGGACGCAGCAUCACAUAUGGCGCGAGUCAGGAGUCCGAAGGCUGGUGCCGUGGUCUUGUUCGCGGAAUUGGCGAGACCCUCGCCUCGUCCCGUAACGCAUCUCGUAUAUGCCGCAUAUCCUCCGCUUGCUCUUCGCACUCUUCUUACGAUCGCUCAAGAGAUCUCUAGAAGCUACGCGCCCGAUCUCAUCGGUCUUGCUAUCGUACACCGCCUUGGACGAGUGGAAAUCGGGGAAGAAAGUAUCCUGGUGGCGGUAGCAACGCCUCAUCGAGGAGCGGCUUGGAGGGCAGCAGAAGAGUGUCUUGAAAAGGUUAAGAGGCGCGCCGAAAUUUGGAAGGAGGAGUGGGUUGUUGGGACUGGCAAUAAUGAUGACGGUUUAACCACAGAAGACGGGAAAGGGAUCUGGAGGGCCAACGACAAAGUCAUCGUUGUUGGGAGUGGCGAGGUUGUUGGAGACGUCAAGGGCAAGGAGGGUCCGAAAUAG